AUGCACAUCGCCAUUCUCGCCCUCGCGGCUGUCCUCCCGUCAGCCCUCGCCUUUGAGAUCACCUCGCCCCAGCCAGGAUCCACCCUCAACCUAAACGACACGUCGAUCAAGCUCACGUGGGAACCCACCGAAAGCAACGACAGCGCCCUCAGCUCGGUAACCAUCGGCUGGCUCCUCCAGAGCCAGGGAAAGACCGUCGCGGGCGCCGGGUACUCAAGCACCGGCGACAUUGCGGUCAACGUCAGCCAGCCGCGGGUCACGUCGUACGACUGGGAUCCCGCGCAGGCAAGGGAGGCGCUGGCGAACAUACUCCCGCAGGGCAACGGGGCGGUCACGUUCUACCUGCGGUGGGUGCACGGUUCGGCCACGUACGGCCUAGGAGCCGGAUCCGCGGUGGAGUAUAGCCUCGAGGGGAUCGAGAGGCCCGAGUUGGAGUCGGGGGCGGGUGGCCUCUCGGCUGGCAUCUGGGCUGCCGCCGGCGCUGGGCUUGCGGCUGUCAUGUGGAUUGUGAGGGGAUAA